CGACCCUCCAGUUCACAUUGCGCACUGCACUUUACGUACCAUAUCCCUGCGCUCAUCCGCAGCUGGUCUUUCCCGCCCAACCGACUUCCAACCACCUGCUCUUUCACAUGCUUACCCUCAUCCAAGGAUAAACUGCAAAUCGCCCGGUAUUAAUAGUCCAGAGUCGUCGUCUUACCCGCGCCUGGCUCGCCCUCUUGGUUCAUUCCCUCGCCCUCGCUCCAGCUCCUGAUCGAUCCGUCUGCUUCCUGCAAGCAGAAUCCGCCGCCGCUUCAGCCCCCAUCUAGUUUUGCUCCCUGUCUGCCAUCAUGUCUUUGGCCGAUUCGCCCACCGACAGCUAUGCCUAUGUGGCUUCCCGGAGAGACUCGAUCCGCUCUCAUUUGAGACGGCAGAUGGUCCAGGUCGACGGUCCCAAGGUCGAAGGGGAAACAGCCGUCUACCGCAACGCCCUGGCCUCCAACGCCCUGCUCAAGCCCAUCGAAGGCGCAUCGACCAUCUACGAGAUCUUUGAAUACCGUCUGCGUCGUAUCGACAAGAGCAAGCGCUUCUUGGGGAAGCGAUCGCCUGGUCCCGUCGAUCCGGCCACGGGCAAGCCCACCUGGUCCGACUACACCUGGGAGAGCUUCGAGACAGUCUCGCAGCGCCGCCUCAACUUUGGAUAUGGCCUGAGAAAGCUGUGGGCCGACGUCAUCAAGGGCGACGACAACGAAAAGUGGACUCUUGGAUUGUAUGCGCACAAUCGUCCCGAGUGGGUUAUCGCCGACUAUGCCUGCCAGUCCCAGAGCCUCAUCACCGUGUCGCUUUUUGACACCCUUGGCCCCGAGUCGAUCGAAUACAUCCUCAACCACGCCAACAUCAAGGUCGUGGCGGCUUCCCUGCUGCUCGUCCCCAAGCUCUUGAAGGUGGCCCACAAUUGUCCGCAAAUCAAGCUGAUUAUCUGCAUGGACCCGCUCGAUGACACUGCGCUGGUCCCGGGCCUCCCCAGGGCCGCCGGCGUUGUCAAGCAGUGGGCUGCCGAGAAGGGCAUCACACUCGUGUCGUUCAAGGAUGUCGAGGACCUCGGCAAGGCGCAUCCGUUGUCGGUCCGUCCGCCCAAGCCCGACGACAUUUGCUCGAUCAUGUACACCUCGGGCACUACCGGCAAGCCCAAGGGCGCCAUUCUGCUCCACCGCAACUUUGGUUCGCUCUGCUCGUCGCGACUCACGAGCCUGGACUUUAGCGACAACGACGUCUACAUCUCAUACCUUCCCCUGGCUCACAUUUACGAACGCAGCAACAUUGUGUUGUCCACGUUCAGUGGCACAUCCAUCGGAUUCUUCCGAGGCGACACCUCGCUCCUCUUUGAGGACAUUGCGCUUCUGCGCCCCACCGUCUUUGCUAGUGUCCCCAGGCUCCUGAACCGCAUCCAUGCUGCCGUGCUUCAAAAGACUGUUUAUUCGGGCAACGCCAUUACCGCGACUCUCUUUCAGCAAGCGCUCAAUGCCAAGUUGGCCGGUCUGCAGCAGGGCCACUACACGCAUGCCCUGUGGGACCGCCUCGUUUUCAACAAGAUCAAGGGCUUGCUCGGCGGCAACAUCCGCAUCAUCACCACGGGCUCGGCUCCCAUCUCCAAGGACGUCCUGGGAUUCCUGAAGGUCACUUUCUGUUGCGACGUCUUGGAGGGCUACGGAGCAACCGAGAACAUGGCCGACGGAUCCCUCAACUGGCGCGGCGACAAUCGCAACUAUGGCAAGGUCGGCGCCAUUUCCCCGUGCUGCGAGUGCAAGCUGGUGGACAUUCCCGACAUGAAGUACCUCUCCACCGACCAGCCUUUUCCCCGCGGCGAGCUGUGGAUCCGCGGCGGAUCUGUGUUUGCGGGCUACCUCCACGAUGAAGCCAAGACCCGCGAGACCCUGACUGAGGAUGGCUGGCUCAAGACCGGCGACGUCUGUCUGAUUGACCAGAACGGCCGCAUCCAGAUCAUCGAUCGCAAGAAGCAGAUCUUCAAGCUGGCUCAGGGCGAAUACAUUGCACCCGAAAAGCUCGAGAAUAUUUUUGUGCAGAGCCCCCUGGUCGCCCAGAUCUUUAUCCACGGCGACAGUCUCCAGAGUGAGCUCGUGUGCAUCGUCGUUCCCUCCCCGGAUCAGGCCGUCAAGUUUGCGAUCGAGAAGGGAUACUUGCCCAAGUCGACACCCAUCCCCGAGGCUAUUGCCCAGGGUCAGGCCGAGCUCCCCGAGCAGCUCAAGGCUCUCGUGGCCAAUGAAAAGUUCAAGCAGGACGUGCUCAACGACAUUACGAGCCUCGCCAAGAUCAACAAGCUGGCCGGCUUCGAGACCCCCAAGGCCAUUUUCCUGGACACAGAGGUCAUGACCAUCGACAACAAUCUCCUGACGCCGACCCUGAAGCUCAAGCGCGACACCGCAAGGGACAAGUACCAGAAGCAGAUCGAGGAGAUGUAUGCCACCCUCCACGCCUCCAGAAGCAUCAGCGAUGUUGCCGCCAAGCUCUGAGCCCAGUCGCCCAGUGGCCGAGUGCUCAACCGAGUGCUCAACCGAG